AUGGAGACCAUUGAAUACGAGAUGACUCAUUCAGUGGGCCAGCGGACCACACAACAUCGUAACUAUCAGUCUCGGUAAACCUAUAUAUAGCUCGACGAUACCCACCGGCAAAAGUUCCCACAGCAUACCCAUCCAUACCCAAACCCCAAAAUCACAGCCAUGCCAAUCCUACCACUCCUCCCCCAACAAUCCCAAACACCCGCGAUCCACACGGCUCGGCUUCUCCUCCGACCGUUUCGGGCCGCGGAUCUUCCCGCUCUGCACGUUCUCCGAACCACUCCCGACGUCAUGCGCUGGACCCGACAGGGCCGCAUCGACGCCACGACAGAAGAAACGAGUAGAUGGAUGGAGCGGUUCACCCAUGACAACGAAACAGGGCAGCGACCGAACUACAAUUUCGCCGUCCUACGCAAAACGAUCCCGGAUGAAGUCCCGGCCACGGCGUCCGAGGAAGGCGAUCUCAUUGGCAUUAUGGGCAUCGUAUCUAUUACCGCCGAGGACGAUCCCGAGGUGGGAUAUCUAUUUCUGCCCGAAACCUGGGGGAGCGGGUAUGCGACAGAAGCUCUGAAAGGGUUUGCGCAGGCGUGGUGGAGGUUACCGAUUCCUGGGGAUGGUGUCUCUGGAGCUGCAGAGGAGGUUGGGACUUUGCGCGCUGUGACGGAUAAGACGAACGUGGGGAGUGCGAAGGUGCUGACUAAAUGUGGAUGGACGAUUGUGGGGGGAGGUGUUGAUGGGGAGGGCGAGAAGAAGGUGGAAUUAUUGCAUUGGAUGCUGCGGCGCCCUGUGGUUUAAUGUUUUCUGGGAUAUGGCGCGUCCAGUUGUCGAUUGUUCCCUGGGUUUUGGACUUUGUGGGGUUUUGUAUAUGGGGCUGUUCGUUGUAUAUACGCGUGUAUCCAUAGAGUUGUAUAUAGCGAGUCCAUGAUGACAUCUUCAUACGAAAAUGGAUGAGAAGCCGCAUCUGGGAGUAACGUGCUAGGACUUGCCAAUCAA